AUGGAUAAACAAAAAUCUUUCGAUGAUGAUUUCGAGGAUAAAAUUAUGGCUCUAGAUUAUGAUUCAUUAGCACAAAUAUUCAUGUGGCUUCCAGUAUCUCAGAGAAUAGUAAUGGAGAAUGUUUGUCACAAAUGGAAAGAGGCUUGUCAACGAUCAUGGUACGACAUCAAAAAAUACAAAUGUGGUGUAUUAAUUGGUGGUAAUUAUAAAAACCGUUUAUUGACACAAUCAUUUCUUGAAAAAAUAUUAUUACGAUGUGGUGUUUAUUUGAAAGAAUUGGCUCUUUCUAGAGUUUGCAAUUCAAGCAUCUUUCCAAUCGUUGGUGAACACUGUAAAAAUUUAACAAGACUUGAAUUUGUAUUUGAUGAAACAUCAAAAAAACUCACGAAAGAAGAAAUAAUUGCAAUUUCAAAAAAUUGUAAAAAACUCAAACAUUUAGAGAUUCCAUGUUGUAAAGUAACAUCUACUGAUCGUGAAGAGCGUCUUUCUUGUCCAUUUUUUCUUGAUGAUUUAUCAAAAUUGCAGUAUCUUGAAUAUUUAGAUUUGUCAUGUAUUAAAAUACUUCAAGAUAGUACUAUUAUUAUGAUUGCUGAUAAAUGUGAACACUUGAAAUAUUUAAAUAUCGAAGGGCCCAACAAACUUACUGAUAUUGGUUUUAAUGCUUUAACGAGCUUGGAAAAUUUACAAGAAUUAACGAUAGACGGCAACAUGACCAUCACAAACAAUUUUGUUAAAAAAUUCAAAGGAUUAAGAGUUUUAAAUUGUCGUGGUUGCCCGAACCUCACUGAUGCUAAUAUUAUUCAGGUCAUCAAAAAUUGUCCAGAUCUCGAACAACUUGAUCUCUCUUUCUCCGAUAAUAUUACACUUGACGCGAUUAUUGCUGCUGAUUUGGCAACGAAAAAUCGUAUAAAUGAAAUUGUUUUGCAUAUACACAUCUCUAAUUGGACACUUUAUGAAGCUUCUAAGUCUAAAAUUGAAUCUCAAUGGUUGUUAGUUGAGUAUUUAUAA